UCUAUUAUCAAUCGCGUUUUUUUUUGUUUACAGAUUUUGCGAAAUCGGCUUUUUAGGAUAUUAAAGUCUAAAACCGAUACUACCAUGUCGGACAAUGAGUACGAGCGCUUCGAGAUCACGGACUACGACCUGGACAAUGAGUUCAACAUCAACAGGCCCCGCGGACGCCAGAGUCGGCACCAGCAGAUCUACGGCAUUUGGGCGGAUGACAGCGAGGAGGAGAGCGGCGGCGAGGGUGGCAAACGGAGGGGCCGGUCCGCCCGGCAGCCCAAGGACUACACCAUGCCGGUGAACUUCGUGGCCGGCGGCAUCCAGCAGGCGGGCAAAAAGAAGAAAAAGGCGCUAAAGGCUGAGGACGACAACAGUGGGGCUAAGGAGGACGGCGGUGAGGCGGAUCGCGACGACCAGAGUGAUGGCUCCUCGGCCAGUGCACGUCCCGCCUUCGGGGAACAGAGUGAUCAGGAUAGCUCCAACAGCUCUGAGGAGGAGGAGCGGCCAGCGCUGAGCAGGGGUCAGGGGAAACACAGUGGCAGCAGCGGUACCACCUUCUUCCAGCACCGCUCGCACAUAGCCAGCGAGCGGAAUGUGGGAGCUUGGGAACAGCAUACGCGCGGCAUCGGUGCCAAGCUGCUCCUCCAAAUGGGCUACGAGCCUGGCAAGGGAUUGGGCAAGGACCUGCAGGGCAUUUCACAGCCGGUGCAGGCUCAUGUGCGCAAGGGCAGAGGAGCCAUCGGAGCCUAUGGCCCCGAAACAGCAGCCAGCAUCGGCGGCCAGACAGCCAAGGCCAUCAAGGUGGACGAGGAUGUGCGCGAGGCCAAGGAGUUCAAGGAGCAGCUGAACAAGUGGCGCAAGGGAGGCGCCGCUGGAGCCGAUUCGCAAGAGCGUCAGGGCAAACGCUACUACUACAAGUCAGUGGAGGAGGUGAUAGCCAAGGGCAACAAGUCCAGCCACCUGCUCUCGGAGAAGUUAAGCAAGAAGCUGGGAAAUGUCCCAGUGAUCGACAUGACGGGGCCGGAGAAGCGAGUGCUCAGCGGCUAUCAUGCCUUGGGCCAGGCCAAAAUCACGCCGGAGGAGACUUUGUAUGACGCUGAGCCGACGGAGAAAGGAGCUGGCACGGCCGCUUCCGUGUUUUCUAUGCCCGAGCUGACGCACAACCUGCAGCUCUUGGUGAGCCAGGCCGAGCAGCAGAUCAUAGCCAUCGACAAGCAGGAGCGGGAGUGCUCCAGUCAGCAGGCAGCGCUGGAGAGCGAGCACCGCAAGCUGGAAGAGAUCGUGCAGCUGGAGCGCAACCACAUUCGCACCUUGGAGGAGGCACUGGAUCGAGUGGAGCGCCUGAGCGAGAAUCCCGAUCUGGAAUUGCCGCAGGCGGAGCGCCUUUUUCGGGAGCUGCUCGUGGACUAUGCGGCCGAGUUCCAGGAGUUCGGCUUGGCUGACCUGGCGGCCGGCGUGAUAGCGCCCCUCCUGAAGCGGGAAUUGCUCCACUGGCAGCCGUUGGAGCACCCAACGGAACCGCUGCAGAUGGUGAAGACUUGGCGUUCAAUGCUGCAGCGCGGGGAGCCGACCGAGCAGCAGCCGCGCAAUGUCUUCGAUCCGUACUCCUCGCUGAUAUGGGCCGGGGUGAUGCCAUCCUUCCGGACCUGCGCCGCUGCCUGGCAGCCCAAGGAGCAUCCCCCCAUGGCAGCUCUUCUCGAUGCAUGGGCUCCCUUGCUGCCCACCUGGGUACUGGACUCUGUACUGGAGCAGCUCGUGCUGCCGCGCCUGGUGACCGGUGUCCAGGAGUGGGAUCCCCUCACCGACACCGUGCCCAUAGACAGUUGGGUGCUGCCCUGGCACGCCAUUCUGGGUAGCAAGCUGGAGGAGGCCGUCUAUCCGCAGAUCCGCAGCAAGCUUGGCGAGGCGUUGCGAGCCUGGUCGCCGCAGGAUCGCUCGGCCAGGGCCAUGCUCACGCCCUGGCAGCAGGCCUUCCCCGAAGAGGAGAUGCAGGAGUUUCUGCAGCGUCACAUUGUACCGAAACUGCAGGCAACCCUCGCCGAGUUUGUCAUCAAUCCGCUGCACCAGGACUUGGAGCUGUGGCAUCAGGUUUGGGAGUGGCACGAGCUGAUCGAACCCAUGUACAUGGCUCAGCUGCUGGACAGGUACUUCUUCCCGCGCUGGAUGCAGGUGCUCGUCCUGUGGCUGAACCAGUCCCCCGACUAUGCCGAGAUAUCGCGCUGGUACACCGGCUGGAAGAGCAUGCUAAGUGAGCAGAUCAUCCGCGAGCCAAGCGUUAAGGAGCACCUGCGACGAGCCCUGGAAAUGAUGCACCGCGCCAGCGACGCUCUCCUUCAGCCUACGAUGACGGCCACGCCUCCGCCACCAAUGCCGCCGGGUCCUGUUCCGGCGGGUCUCCUGCCGCCCGUUAUGAUGGUGGACUUGCUGCAUCAACCCGCCCAGCUAGAGUUCAAGGAACUCGUCUCCCAGCGCUGCGCCGAGCUGGGCAUCAUCUUUGCCCCCCUUCCCGGUCGACGGGAGAUGGGCAAGCAGAUAUAUCGCGUUGGCAAGCUCUUUUGUUACAUCGAUCGCAACGUGUGCAUGCUUAGCGAUGGAAGCUUCAGCAACUGGCAGCCGAUGGGACUUAAUCAGCUCCUGGAACGCUCUCAGACGGGUGUACUUUGAGAGACUUAAGAAACUCUGACCACUUCAUCCAAUUGAAGGACAGUUUUCAAAAACUUAUUUAUUUUUAAGCAAUUAUUAUGUGAUCCAUAAAUAAGCUAAAAACACUUUAAUAUGUAUUAAAUUUCAGAAGCUUACUGCAAUCUAGUAAACAGAUUCUAGUACGAAGACUAUAAGGCUUGAUCCUAGGGUUAGCUAGUUAUUAUUAGCGCAAAUGUUCAAAGACCGAUCAGUAGGCUACGUUUACUAUAGAGCUUUGUGGUGGAAGCAACACAAACUGUAUAAACAACUAGAUGUAUUUGUCUUGUGCAAAAAAUAGAUCUGAUCAAGCUGAUCAAGCUAAAAUCGAACACCAUUAAUCAAACAAGAAAGGAGGUUAACUUCAGGAAGCUGAAGUUUGUAUACACUU